AUGAGUUGCAACAAGGAUGUUAACAAAAAGCAAGUGGUUGAAGAAACAGCCAGAACAUUGAUUCAAACUGAUGGUUCAGUGUAAGUUUUUAUGUUUCUGGGAGCUUUUAAUUUGAAAAGUCGGGGCUAGUUUUUAAAACUGUUUAUCAAAAGAUUUUAAGGAGUUUAUAUGAAUUUUAAGGUUUUAAAUGAAUUUUAAAAGAUAAAAGUUGGGAUAGCUUUAUUUUUAACUCCAUAUAAGAUAGAUAUCUUUGGUUUUAACCCAAUAUAAUAUUAUAUUACCGUAUAAAAUGUUUCAGACAACCUUACCCAAUGAACGACGCAGUGAAUGAACCUGGAAAUGCCCAAGGCUCCUCCGGAUUGACGCUUCAACCUCCGGGUAAGCGGUCUUUUUGAACAACUUUUAGUUGGUUUGAGAUCUAAAAGAUACUUUUUUUAGUUUUUUUGUGACACAAAGAUAAUUUUAUAUUUAAAAAUUGUUAUUUUGCAACUUCUUUUAAAUUUUUUGUUACUUGCUUCAGGAUUAAAAUGUUGAGUUAUCUUAAAGUGUAAAAAAUAUAAAAAAAAGUUUGGUAAAAUUUAAAUUAUACUAUACUUUUAUCAGUUCUUUUUCAAAAACAUCCUUAAUAAUAUAAAAUUUUAGCAUUUCCUUCGGCAGUUUUCACAAACGGCGGAUUCAAUCCGUUGUUUGGUGCCGGGCCAUCUCACCUUUCAAUGGUUGGAGCCGGAACAAUCCAUCCUCAAAUGCUUGGUGUCGGACCGUAUCAUUCUCAAGCGGUUCCUAUGUUUGGUCCUGUGCCAUAUCAUAUUCCCAUGUUUGGAGCAAUGUAUGUUGUAGAUAUUUUUAAAAUUUUUUUUGUAGAAAAAGACUUUUUAUUGAAAAAGCAAACAUUCUUUAUAUUAUAUUAGGUUGUUUAAAUAAUUCUGUGCUCCUUAAGGUUUUUUAAAUAAGUCCGUGGCUCUUAAUUCCAAAAAUUUGCUUUGAAAAGAGCACAGAAUUAUUAGAACUACCUAAUAUAAAGCUAUAAAUGAAAGUGGAAUUUUAAAAAAGUUUGAAGUUUUAAAGGCUUUUCUGAUUAUUUUCUAUCUGUCUAUUCACUUUAUCACCCUACUGAUUUUGUUUGGAAAUGAUUUUGGAAGUGGGAGGGGUACACACGAGAACAAGUAUUAAGGGACAAUACUUAUUGAUCGUUAUACAUACUUAAUAUUUGAGAAAAGUUGAGUUAUUUAAUACAGUAGGACUCUUGUAUAAAGAAUCGCUUAGAGACUUUAGAUUUGUUUGUUAUACAGCACUCUCUCUAUAUAAGCAACCCGAAGGAAUCGAUAUUUUGUGUUUACUAUAAGGGGUGUUGUCUUUACAAGAAGGUUUUUUUAUUACAAAUUGAUUUGGCGUGGUCAAAUUUCUUGUUAACUAUAAGGAGAGUUGCUUCUACAGGUUCACUAUAUAGAGAGACCACUGUAAUUAAGUUUUGUUUCAUAAUGUUGGCCAGGGUUUCAAAAAUUGUUUGCUAUAUAGGAGUUUUGUUAUAUAGGAGUAUGUUACAUAGAGUUCAAGUUUUUUGGAAAAUUCGUAUUUCAAUAUAUAUAUUUUUUUCAGCCACCCGCUUGCCUACCGAAACAUGUACCAUGGCAGCCACUUCUCCAGCAUUGUUACUAGAAGACGGCCAGCUGAAGUAAGAGGAUGGGGGUGGUUAUAAGAACGGAGAAGGGGAAGGGGGAUUGUUUUCCAAUUUUUUCUUGUAAAAUUUUGAUUUUUAAAGGUUUUCUUAUGUCUAAAGUUUUUGAUGUUUAAAUAUUUCAGACUGUCUUCAUAUGUCCAAUCUUCAUUUGUGGCAAAAGGUACAGUGACCCAUCUUCGUUGCGGAAACAUAUGAUAGUCAAGCACGGUCGUCAAGCCUACGAUUUGUACCAAAAAGUGAAAUCGCUGAGGAAACAGUUUAUGUAG